AUGGAUAACACCUGCACUCACCGCGCGCUUCUGCAUUCUGUGCGCUCUUGGAGCCGUCCUGUGACUCCUGGGGUCCAGCGCCCAGAGAACAGAGACAGCGCUCCUUACGACUCACUGAACUGUGCAGAGCCACUGCCAGGCCAGGCCCAGCGCCCCCCUCCUUCUGUUUCCCGUGGGCGCCCAGAAACCCUUAAGGGCCUAAGUCAGUGUAACCUCAUUAAAAUCCACGGCGACAAAAACACACGGAGCCGCACUCCAUGCCAUCCUGCAAGAGGCGAAGGUCGGCCGCACCCGGGAGCCCCCUCGGCCCUGCCUGGCCCGACCCCAGCCCUGCAGCUCCUGGGUCCGCGCUGCACCAGACCACCCGUGUGGCUGCCCCGCAACCCUCCGGACCCGCGCAACCCUCACUCCAGCCUGCCCCUCUCACCUCCCCCAGCACCCCCCGCCGUCAGCACCGGGCCCGGCCACCCAACCUCCCAACACACCCAGCCGCCAGCACCCAGCCCCCAGCGCGUCCACUCACGGAGCAGCGGCAGGAGCAUCGGUCAGCAGCCGCGGCGUGGCCGUCGAGGGCCUCCACGCGCAUGUGCAGAGGUGGGCGGGGCCGGGAGCCGACCCGCCGCGGGAGGUCAGCUGGUCCAGGUGCUGCGCCCCACACAGGAAAGAAGAAGGAAAGCAUCAUUAACAUGA